CUGGCCGCGGGCCUCGCGCACAUAGCUCACAUGCCCUUCCCGCGCCGCAUCCAUAUCGAGAAGCCCGGCGGCUGGAUCGCUGGCGCGCGCUGGAGUGCCGAUGCGCUCAUUCUCGCCCUCACUGUCGCAAGUCUGGCUCUACUCACCGCGACGCUCAUAUGGCGCCCCUUCCCCGCGCGCCUCCGGCCUGCUGACCUCGGCGGACUGGCUAACAUGCGUGUACACCGCGUGGCGUGCGUUGCCACCUUCCUCGCCGCCCUUGCCUCCAUCCUCCUCCACCUGGCCCCGGACGUCGUGUACACUCUAAUCACGAAGCGCAGCCCACCACCCGUCGAUGCAGCCACACUCCACACGGGCAGGAUCCAUCUCCUGACACUACUUGCGGCCUUCAUAAGCGCUGGGUGCAUGCGCCGCGGGCCGCGGCUGCGCGCACGCGAAGCCGGCUUGGGUUCAGGCUUCGGAAUUGCCCCCAGUCCCAGCAGUGAUUCGUUUGACUGGCGCAAGCUCUCGCUAGACAUGGACGACGACCCCAACAUGAUGCGCGUUAUUGACUAUGGCAACUCGAGCAUGCUGACCUUCCUCACGCUCGGUUACAGCUUCAGCCUUGCGAAGAAGAGUCUAGAGGUCGAAGCACUCCAGCAGUCUGAUCUACCUGUGCUGGAGGAGUGGGUCCGCAAGGGCGGCACGGAGCACCUUGUGCAUCUGACGCCGCAAGGCGAUAAUCUCGAGCCGGCCACCACGAUGGGACUCGUCAAGACCCUCUGGGCUGGCCGCGGUUGGACCAUCUUUAUCACGUUCGCAUUGGAGACGCUGAACGUCUUCGUCAACUAUAUCCAAAUCACUGCAAUCCACGAGGUCGUUGCGCACUUUGAAAGCGACGAUCCCGCGUACUCGUACCUCAUGUGCUGGGGCAUGCUUGUUGGCCAGGUGCUCGGCGUCACGCUUUCCGCGUAUCUUUGGGUGCGCGAAAACUACCUUCUGCACAAUCCUGUGCGCAUGACCAUGUCGUCUAUUCUUUACGCUAAGAUUCUUCGCUCCACAGACGUCAAGGCCAUGGAGGCACAGCACCUUACCUCUGACGAGGACCAGAAGGCCAACAAGGGCCGCGCACAAGUCAUGAAUCUCCUCACUAUCGACGUCAACACUGUUGCAUCAAUGGCAACGUACAUUUGGGGUAUUUCCAAUGGUAUCAUCCAACUUGUCAUCGGCCUCGUCUUCAUGUACAACAUGCUUGGUUCAGGCUCUGUCGUCGCGCUCAUCUUUGUUCCGAUAUUCGCACCUAUCUCAGCGUGGAUUGCCAAACGCAUCUACGAGUGCGACAAGGGUUGGGCUCGUGCACGUGACGGGCGGACAGGCGCUAUCAAGGAGUUCCUUGCAGGCAUUAAGGUUAUCAAGCUCAACGGCUUCGAGGACUACGAGUAUCGCCGGGUUGGCGGAUUGCGUGACAUUGAGACUUCUUGGCAGCGCUGGCGCUACACUCUGGGGACAUUCUUCAACGUCGUCGGCGACCUCCUUCCAGCCGUGGCCUGCACAGGCGCCUUCAUAUACUACACCAAGAUCCUUGGGCGCGAUCUUGAGCCUGCAACGGCUUUCGUCACCCUCGUCGUAUUCGCCAAGGUCAAGGCUGGUCUUGAUGUGUUCCCCAUGGCUAUCGAUGUUGUGCUCAAUUCCAAAGUUGCCUUGGAUCGGCUCAAGAACUAUCUCAACCAAGCUGAAGUCGACGUUAGCCCGGACGACGUGUCAGACGGCAUGAUCGCCAUCGACAACGCGACCGUCAGCUGGCCUGUCCCGGAGAAUGCGGUAAAUCCCUCCACUGAGCCACCCGCAAACACUUUCCGCCUGAAAGGAAUUUCGCUGUCUCUACCCCAGGGGAAGAUGACACUGGUAUGCGGUCCCCUCGGUGCCGGAAAGACUCUCUUCCUCCGUGCCCUCCUUGGAGAAGCUAAAGUUGAGAGCGGGCAUAUCAUCUCUCCGCGGUCUCCGGUCAACGCGACGCCGCUCGACUACCCCAAACUGCGCAUGCAGUGGACGGAUGAGAAGUGGCUUACCCCCACAGUUGCGUAUGCCCCGCAGAUGAGCUAUAUUCGUCACGGCAGCGUACGCGACAACAUCCUAUUCGGUCUGCCCUUCUGGAAGGACCGGUAUCUUGAGGUGCUUCGGCAGUGUUCGCUCGAGGCAGAUCUCACGCUCCUCGUUGAUGGUGACCGAACCGAGGUGGGCGAGAACGGUAUUAACCUCUCGGGUGGCCAAAAGGCGCGCAUCAACCUUGCCCGCUGCGUGUAUUCGCGAGCCCGCACAAUAUACCUUGACGAUGUGCUUAGCGCGGUCGACGCGCAUACCGCCCAGUACCUCAUCGACGAGUGUUUCCGCGGCAGGCUUCUAAGAGGCCGGACGGUCGUGCUAGUGAGCCACCACGUCGACCUCUGCCUCCCCGUAUCAGAUUAUGUGGUGGCUAUUGCCGAGGGAAGGGUUCAUCAGGCGUGUCAAGCGCGCAACGCACACCUGUCCUACCUCAUGAAGAUGAGCUCACCUGUCCAAGCGACAGAUGAGCUUCCACCCUCUCCGACGGUCAGAGCCCACGCGGAAGCUCUCCACGCGCUCGACACGCUCGUCCACCUCAAUGCCCGGACCGAGGUUGCCCCUGACGACGACGCCGCCCUGAUUAGGGAGAACGAGUUCGACGAGUUGCUCUCCGUAGGUAGCGAGCAGAUCGACCCCAAGGCUCGCCAGGUGUACACCAAGGAACACCAAGAGGUCGGGCAUGUGCGCUCGGGCCAUUACUGGCUCGUCAUCACCGCGGCCGGCGGGAUCGGGUACUGGGCCAUCUGGGUCUCGCUGUACGGCGGUACAAAGGCCCUGUCGUGGUCGCUCGACUACGUGCUCAAAAUCUGGACGGGUGACCCGCAUCCAAAGGUCCAUCUUGAUUAUUAUCUCAAAUUAUUCCUGAUCCUGAGGGGUGUGUGGGUCGUCGUCGGCGCCCUUAAGUGGGUAUGGCUGUACGGCGUCGGAAACGUGGGUUUCUACUCGGCUGGCACCAAGAAGAUACACCGCGACCUGUUCAAGACCAUCACAAAUGCGCCAUUGUCCUUCUUCGAGAGCACGCCGUCUGGGCGCUUGCUCAAUGUCUUCGCACAGGAUGUCAAGCGGCUGGACAGCCAGUCAGCCGACGAUUUUGGGCGCACCACAUCUGAGAUGCUCCGUGUUAUCGUAUCAGCCAUCACCGUCAGCUUCGAGGCUCCUGCAAUGCUCGUCGUGCUCAUCGCGUUCGGCACACCCCUUCUUUUCGUGACAAACAAGCUAGGCAAGCUGCGCUCCAACCUUCGCCGCCUUGCCGCCGUGUCUGACUCGCCGAUUAUCAGCCUGUACCACGACAGCAUAGACGGUGUGGUCAUGCUGCGAGCGUUUGGGCUCCCGGCCGCCAUGACGCAGGGCUUCCAAGUGCUCGCGAACCGCAGUCGCGUUGCGCAGACGUGGAACUGGAUCGUGUACAACUGGGUCCGCGCGGUUGUGCUCACACUGUCGUCCGUCUUCCUCACCGUCACGGGCUUCAUUCUCGUCGGACGCGACAUCUCUCCCGCACUUGCAGGUUUCAUUUUGAACUUUGCGGCACAGGUGUCCGUCACCAUGUUCUCAUUGCUUGAGCGUUUUAUCAUGCUCGAGCAGACGUUCGUCUCGGCAGAGCGCAUCAAUUACUACCUGCAGAACACGCCCCAGGAGCCAACGGGUGGGACUGUUCCGCCAGCCGAGUGGCCACAGAAGGGUGGCAUAACUGUGCGCGAUCUGAGCGUGCGCUAUGCCCCAGACCUGCCGGACGUGCUGCACGACGUUUCGUUCAAGAUCGAGCCAGGUCAGCGCGUCGGUCUCGUCGGCGCCACGGGCUCGGGGAAGAGCACCCUCGCGCUCUCCCUCUUCCGCGCGGUUGAGCCCACGGGUGGAAGCAUAGAGAUAGAUGGUCUCGACACGUCGACGCUGUCCCUUCGUGCCCUUCGCCAGCGCCUCAACAUGGUCGUGCAGGACGGCUCGCUGCCUGCAGGCACGCUGCGGAACGCACUCGACAUCUCGGGCGAGGCUGACGAUGCGGACGUGUACGAUGCACUCCGCCGGGUCCACCUGCUUCCGGAUGUGAUUACCGCCGAAGAGGUGCGGACUAACCCAUUCGCGAAUCUGGACACAUUUGUCGCGGCCGAGGGCGCCAACUUUUCCCAUGGGCAGCGGCAGCUGCUGUGUCUCGCUCGUGCAUUGCUGAAGAAGUCGCGCGUGCUGGUCAUGGAUGAAGCGACUUCUUCGGUCGACUUUGAGAUGGACGCCAAGAUAACGCAGACGAUCCGGGAGUGCUUUGCCGACACUACGAUGCUGGUGAUUGCGCACCGCCUCGCCACGAUCGUUGCUUAUGAUCGGGUGCUGGUGCUGGACCGCGGACGUGUGCUUGAGUACGACGAGCCGCUGGCGCUCAUGACACGGCCUUCAUCUGCCUUCCGCAGCCUGUGUAUGGCGCAGGGGGCGGACGAGUACGAGCGUCUGCUCAAGCUCGCAAGAAAGAAGUAGGAGGGGGUUGUAUGUAGGAAUAUUGGUAUCUGAGUCACGUGCAGGUGACCGAUGUGAGGAUGUGGAUUGGG